AUGGAUUGCGCUAUCAAUAAAACUCAUGUUCCCAUAGAACUUGUGAACCAGGGCAGGUACAGGGCAACAGGCAGUGAUACGCAGGAAACAACAGGAGCGUUAUCCCGUCUAAAUGCUCUGAUAGAAGAUGUCAUUGUUGUGGAAAGUGGACCAAGUGUGGCAAAAAAAGAUGUAUUUAUGAUUGUUAGACAUGCCAAAUAUGGGCCUAAAAAAGGUGGUGGUGCUCCACGAAAAUUUCAAGAUGCUUUGGAGAUGGCUCUUAAGGCUCAGGAAGAUAAUGCGGAAUCAUUAACAACUAGUUCUAGUGAUUCUAUCGAACAUGGGAAGCACAGUUCUACUAAAUAUGGGUUUGAAGCUGCAGAGGAGGUGGGAGGAUCAGAGAAAAAUAGCAGAGACUGGAAUAAUGCUUGUCCUUCUGAUUACCAAAACAUUACCACAAGUGAUUCGGUGUCUCCGCCUGAGCCAGAAAAUAGGUAUAAGAGAGCUGACGGUAACAAGGUUCAAUCUCAUGCACAAGCACCUCCUGCUGCAACUGAGAAUAGAUACCAAAGAGCCGAGCUAAGAAACUGAUACCAACAAACAUCAUCGAAUAAUACAGGUUUCAACAAUAGAGGUCCUGGA